UGUUGCUGAGUGUGCACAGCUUUGGAGAGCACACAUAUACACCCUGCUCUGGGGGCUCCCUUCUUAGGCUGUCCCCAUGGAGUUCCCCCUGGCCCAGAUGUGCCCCCAAGCACUCUGAUGCAGGGACGAGAGCCCCACUCCAAGCCAGAGGUGAACAAGGCUGAUUGGGAGUCGCCAAGACCCUGCCCCAACCUUCAGCACUUUCCAUCCUAUGGACUUGACCAACCGCAGGAACUGCCAGGGCCUGGGCCUACCCUCGCGGCCAAGACCCCAUUCCCUGGAGGCCGAGGAGUCCCAGCCCAGCCCCAGGGCCCUGGAUGUCCACGCUGUGGCAUCUCUCCAGGCCCGGGGGGUGGCCUCCAGUCCAGGAGAUGCUGGGAAGGCUGAGGAGCUGCCUGGGGAAGGAGGCCUGUCCCUGCAGACCGAGAUUCGGGCCUGGUUCCAGAAGACCCAGGCCCACUGUCUCCUGCAGCACGGGGCAGCCCCUGCCUGGUUCCACGGCUUCAUCACCCGGAGGGAGGCCGAGAGGCUGCUGGAGACAAAGCCCCAAGGAUGCUACUUGGUGCGUUUCAGCGAGAGCGCCGUGACCUUCGUGCUGACUUACCGGAGCCGGACUUGCUGCCGCCACUUCCUGCUGGCCCAGCUCGGGGACGGACGCCACGUGGUGCUGGGCGAGGGCAGCGCCCACGAGCGGUUGCAGGACCUGCUGCGGCAUUACACCGUGUGCCCGCUCAGCCCCUACGGGGAAAAGCUCACCGAGCCCUGCGCCCGCCAGACUCCUGAGCCCCCUGGACUUUCCUUGAGGACUGAAGAAUCCCGCUCUGGAAGUGAAAGCCAGGAUCAACCCCCCCAGUAUAGUCCAAUCCUCAAGCAGGGGCAGGCUUCAUCAGCCCCACCACAGAAGGAGGCUGCACGGCAGCCAAAGGAGCCCUCCCAGCUGCCCAGACCCAAGCCUCCCAUCCCGGCCAAACCUCAGCUGCCUACCGAAGUCUACACCAGCCCUGCUCCGCGAACCCGCCCGGCUCCACCUCCCAAGCCCCCCAACCCUAUCUACCAUGAGCCUGAUGAACCCAUAGCCUUCUACGCCAUGGGCCGCGGCAGCCCUGGGGAAUCCUGCAGCAACAUUUACGCCGAGGUGGAGGUGCCCACGGCAGGGGAUGAGGGCCCGCUGCCCAUCCUCCGGCACCCCAUCCUACGGAAGUGCCGGUCCAGGCCUGUCGCAAGAGGCCAGAAUCCAGGUGACCCACAGCUGCAUUCUGAGAACUCUGCGGCUGGACAAGACCUUCCUCUACCCCACCAGUCCCCACCUCCCUGGGGGCACACCCUCCCCCACAACUUUUCUAGACUGGUGCUCCAGGAUCAAGGGCAGGCAUGGCUCCCCUUGGGGCCUCCUCAGUAGCCGGUGAGUCCAAGGUGGGGGAGGAUAACUUACCCACACCUGGGCACCCUUCUCAGGAAAUAUGGAUGAAAGACUGUAGGUGAUCUAAGCUGGAAAGGACUUCAGCCAUCAUCUGUUGCAAGAGUGGCAAAGACGUAUCACCUUGCAUGCCAACUGUGAUCCAUUGGUUGUGGCUGUCUCGAGCACGGCAUUGGAAAGGCUGUGAAGGUCAGGUCUGGACUCAGCAGGAAAGAGCACCAUGAUUGAUUAGUGAUGUCUGCCACAGGUGAGGGAGGGAGAAGCAACAGCACAUUUGUUCUUACUGUUCAAGUCCAACUCCCUCACAGAGCAGAUAAAAACACAAAGCCAGAGACGGAUAGUGACUUAGCCAAGGUCAAGCACCAGAACCCAGCUUCCUGACUCCCCUGUUUAGUGCUCUGUUUUUACCACACAUCCACUAACUUCACAGGAAACAUCAGAAAUUUCCUUAGAUAAGAAAUCUGGCUGCUUUACAGAGUGCUGCCACCUGGGGCCUGGGGUGCUGAGUCCCCUCCUCAGGAUUCCAGGCUUAGUCCUGGGCCCCCAAAAAAGCCGGGAGGUUAGAGGAGCACAUGUGAAGCCCACUUCCUCUUGGGGACACACCCACUGGUUCCUUCCUGAGGGUCCCCACAAAUCUGAUGGCUCAGUGCUUGGUGAUCCUCUAAGUUGGUGAGGAAGUGAGCCAGGAUGGCCCUGCUGGCUCCUGCUGCCCUGGCUUCUCCUGGAGUCUAAUUUCCUUGGCCCUCUGAGCCUUUGAGGCUGGGCCCUGGUCCAAUGCUGCUGUUGUCUGAGGGAUGAUUUGGUGAGAACAGAUGUUAGAACUUGUUUGUUGAUUCUUGUCUGGCUAAUAAAUCAUUGCCAACCAUCUCCCCCGACAGAGAUCCAAGUCCUCUGAGCUCCUUCUGUCUCUGUUUCUGACUCUCUUCCUCUCACUAAGAAUCAUGUUGUGGGAGGCAAGGGGUUGAGCUGCCAUUGUGGUAGAGGGAGAGGGGUCUGGGGGUUGAGAAACAUCUAGGUAAGAGUUGCAGAUCUGGAGCCAGGAGAACCAGGGCAAGGGCCCAGACCUCUCUGCAAAGCAUAUCUUCUCUACCUGGGGUGGGUUGGGCAAGCAGGUGUUGGCCACACCACCUGGGGAGGCCAGUUAAGAAAGAAGGGCAGGGAGCAGAGCAGUUAAGGGGUGUCCCUUCUUCUCUGUGAACCCCUCUGCCACUCACAGGACUGGGGAGUGACAUGUAUUAGUAGCCUCUGUGUGUGAGCACCCCCUGCAGUGGCUCCAGGACUCGAGUCUCAUCUUCCCAGCCUCUUGGGCUUAGGCCCUUUGCCUCAAUCAGGAGCCCAUUCCUUCCCCUGUCCCUCUGGUGAUUCCUCCCCAACUUCUCAGCCCAGACCCAGCUCAGGACCAGCCUCCUGCCUCAGUGCAAAGUUCCCCACUCUGGGUCUCCAACCACCCGGAAGAAUCUGCCUUGUGUCUUAUUUUUGUCUCAGACCAGAGGCUGUGUCUGCCCCCUGGGAUUCACAGGGCUCAGCGCAAAGACCGCCCACCCCACCACCACCCCCAGGAGCUGCUCAGGCCUGGGUACUCCUGUGAUCUCAUCUUGCACUCUAUUCCUGUGAGAGUUUAGUCAAGGUCAUCAGUGCCUGUCAGGGUCCCUCUUCCUGCUAAGGGCACCCUGUACCUUCUGGGGCACAGAAAUCUUCCAGUCCCUUCCCUCAAGCCAUGUUUCCUAGGCCUGGGCACAGCCACCUCCCCAACUCACCCCCACUCCACCCCCAGCCUGGCUCCAGCGCCAGCUCCAGUGACUAGCAAAUUCCCCUCCUUUCCACUCUGGUGCUAAUCAGCUUAAUAAAAAAUAUGUUUGCUGAGUCAACAGAGUUGGGGUUCCACUUCCUUCUGUCUGUAGGUCUCAAAUCCCUCCUGAGCUAGGGGAGAGGUGAGAAGG